GCUCCCUCUUCCUCUUUGAUGAGAUGGACAAGCUGACCCCAGGCCUGAUGGAGGUCCUACAACCUUUCCUGGGCUCCUCCUGGGUUGUGUAUGGGACCAACUAUCGCAAAGCCAUCUUCAUCUUCAUCAGCAACACUGGUGGUGAGCAGAUCAACCAGGUGGUACUGGAGGCAUGGCGCAGCCGCCGGGACCGCGAGGAGAUCUGCCUGCAGGAGCUCGAGCCAGUCAUCGCCCAGGCGGUGCUGGACAACCCCCACCACGGCUUCUGGCGCUCGGGCAUCAUGGAAGAGCAUCUGCUGGAUGCCCUGGUGCCCUUCCUACCGCUCCAGCGGCACCAUGUGCGGCACUGCGUGCUCAACGAGCUGGCCCAGCUGGGCCUGGAGCCAAGGGACGAGGUUAUCCAGGCUGUGCUGGACAGCACCGCCUUCUUCCCUGAGGACGAGCAGCUCUUUUCCUCCAAUGGCUGCAAGACUGUGGCUUCCCGAAUUGCCUUCUUCCUCUGAUUCUCUGGCAUCCUUGUCCUCCCCACUCGGCCAGGCCAUGCAGGAAAGCCCUGGGGCCUUUGCCAGAGGGACCCUUGUCCUGACCUCCUGGAGAGUGGGACCUAGCGCACAAAUUGAAGAUGAGGAGAAGUGUUGGCUAGGCCAUGAGACAGAGGGUCAGGUGGGCCUCUUAGCUGGUCUGAGGACAUCGUGGCCUUUGCUUCCUGCCCUGGGGGAAAGUGCUGGUCACCCCAGAACCUCAAUGAGUCUUGACCUCACCCUGCAGCCUGAGCCUUCUUAAAUGUGAAUUGUAACUCAGGGACUGUGGCUCCUGGCUGCUCCCUCCCUCCUCAGCCUUUUCCCCUUAGCCCCUUGCCCUGCUACCAUAUCCCACACCCUGUCCCAGUAUUGUAAACCAGGCUGAGACUUCUCAGUCCCCAAGGAUGAAGGGACUCAAGCUGCCACUUGGGCCUGGUUUUUAAUGUUUUUAAUUUUGUAAAAGAAGAGAACAAAUACAAUAAACUUAGCCAUGGGACCAGA